CUAUAACUAUACCUCAAACGCAUCACUCUCUCUCUCUCUCUCUAAAAUCUUCUAUUCUCUCUCUCUAUAGAUGGAGUAACAUUAGGGUUUUUCUAUCGUCUCAUCCUUCUCUCUCUUACUGUCUCUCAGUCUCGCAGUGCUUUGAGGAAAUCUUUCACAUUCAGUUUAGGAUCUGAUGGAUUCGUUUGAACACGAUGGAAAUGGUGCGACAGAAGCUUUGCCGCCUCCCCCACCUGUUCCACCAAAUAUUGUUCCAUUGCAAGCAGAACCAGAUCAUGCGCCUGAACCAGUUAAGAAAAAGGUCAUGCGUGUUCCAAUGACUAGACGUGGCCAGGGAUCCAAGGGGCAAAAGGUUCCGCUCCUAACUAAUCACUUCAAAGUGAAUGUAACCAAUGUUGAUGGGCACUUCUUCCACUACAGUGUUUCAGUCUCUUACGAAGAUGGCCGGCCGGUAGAUGGCAAGGGUGUUGGAAGAAAAGUGAUUGAUAGAGUUCAUGAGACUUAUGACACGGAGCUAGCAGGAAAGGACUUUGCUUAUGAUGGCGAGAAGAGCUUGUUUACAGUUGGUCCCCUUCCUCGGAACAAGCUUGAAUUCACUGUUGUGCUUGAGGAUAUAUCGUCAAACAGAAAUAAUGGUAAUCGCAGCCCAGGAAGUCCUAAUGAGAAUGACCGAAAGAGACAACGACGACCAUAUCAAUCUAAAACUUUUAAAGUGGAGAUAAGCUUUGCUGCUAAAAUUCCUAUGCAGGCAAUUGCAAAUGCAUUGCGUGGUCAGGAGUCGGAGAACUCUCAAGAAGGCUUAAGAGUUCUUGAUAUUAUCCUGAGACAGCAUGCAGCAAAACAGGGUUGCCUUCUUGUUCGUCAAUCUUUCUUCCAUAAUGACCCGAGGAACUUUUCAGAUGUGGGAGGUGGUGUCCUCGGCUGCAGAGGGUUCCAUUCGAGUUUUAGAACUACCCAGGGUGGCUUGUCUCUGAACAUAGAUGUGUCUACCACCAUGAUAAUCCAGCCUGGGCCAGUGGUGGAUUUUCUGAUUGCAAACCAAAAUGUGAAAGAUCCUUUUUCAAUUGACUGGGCAAAGGCCAAACGUAUUCUUAAGAAUUUGAGGGUAAAGACAAAUCCCUCCAAUACUGAGUACAAAAUAACUGGAUUGAGCGAGAAGCCUUGCAAAGAGCAGAUGUUUUCAUUGAAGCAGAAGGGAAAAGAUGAUGAUGGCGAAGUUCAGACACUGGAAGUGACUGUUUAUGAUUAUUUUGUUAAUUAUCGCCACAUAGAUUUACGAUAUUCUGGUGAUCUUCCAUGCAUUAAUGUUGGGAAGCCAAAGCGCCCUACUUACUUCCCUCUUGAGCUAUGUUCUUUGGUAUCCCUGCAACGCUAUACGAAAGCUCUGUCAACUUUUCAAAGAUCUUCUCUAGUGGAGAAAUCAAGACAAAAGCCACAAGAAAGGAUGAGAGUAUUAAGUGAUGCUUUAAAACUCAACAAAUAUGAAGCUGAGCCUAUGCUGAAGUCUUGUGGCAUUUCAAUUGGUACUAACUUCACCCAAGUUGAAGGUCGUGUGCUCCCAGCUCCAAGGUUGAAAGUGGGGAAUGGCGAAGACUUCUUUCCUCGAAAUGGCCGGUGGAAUUUUAACAAUAAGAAACUAGUGGACCCAACAAAGAUCGAUCGCUGGGCUGUCGUGAACUUUUCAGCUCGCUGCGAUAUCCGUGGCCUUGUUAGGGAUUUGAUCAAAUGUGGAGACAUGAAGGGAAUUCAAAUUGAUGCUCCGUUCGAUGUAUUUGAAGAGAGUCCACAAAAUAGGCGGGCCCCACCUCUUGUUAGAGUGGAAAAAAUGUUUGAAGAUAUACAAUCCAAGCUUCCUGGGGCUCCUCAAUUCCUUCUCUGUCUGCUUCCAGAGAGGAAGAACUCUGAUCUAUAUGGUCCAUGGAAACGAAAGAAUCUCGCUGACUUCGGCAUUGUCACUCAAUGCAUUGCACCUACAAGAGUUAAUGACCAGUAUCUUACUAAUGUUCUCCUUAAGAUCAAUGCGAAGCUUGGUGGAUUGAAUUCAAUGUUAUCUGUUGAACAUUCUCCCUCUAUUCCCUUGAUAUCGAAGGUUCCCACCAUAAUUCUCGGGAUGGAUGUCUCACAUGGCUCUCCUGGGCAGUCUGAUAUACCAUCUAUUGCUGCGGUGGUGAGCUCCAGGCAGUGGCCACUGAUUUCACGUUAUAGGGCAUCUGUCCGCACACAGUCCCCGAAGGUUGAGAUGAUAGAUUCGCUAUAUAAGCGUGUUUCUGAAAGUGAAGAUGAGGGUAUAAUGAGGGAGCUUUUAUUGGAGUUCUAUGUGACAUCAGGGAAAAGGAAGCCUGAUCAAAUUAUCAUAUUCAGGGAUGGAGUCAGUGAAUCACAAUUCAACCAAGUUCUGAAUAUUGAACUCGAUCAAAUUAUUGAGGCCUGCAAGUUCCUUGAUGAGAAAUGGUCACCCAAGUUUGUGGUGAUUGUUGCUCAGAAAAAUCAUCAUACAAAAUUUUUCCAGCCUGGAUCUCCAGAUAAUGUUCCACCAGGGACGAUAAUAGACAAUAAAAUAUGUCAUCCGAAGAACAAUGACUUUUACUUGUGUGCACAAGCUGGAAUGAUUGGGACCACAAGGCCAACACACUACCACGUUCUAUUAGAUGAGGUUGGUUUUUCAGCUGACGACCUCCAGGAGCUUGUACAUUCCUUGUCCUAUGUGUACCAGAGAAGCACAACUGCAAUUUCCGUUGUUGCUCCAAUAUGUUACGCUCACUUGGCGGCGACUCAAGUGGGACAAUUCAUGAAAUUUGAGGACCAAUCAGAGACGUCCUCGAGCCAUGGUGGAAUGACAUCUGCUGGGGCUGUUCCUGUCCCCCAGCUGCCGAAAUUAAAAGAGAAUGUUUGCAAUUCUAUGUUCUUUUGUUAAGUAAGGUCCCUUUUAUGUAAAACCUAUGGUGUUGACCUUCCUCUAUGGAGGGGCUCCGACUUCACGUAGGAACAUCGAAUCCUCUUUUGGUUUCUUGGACUUUAGUACUUUUAAAACUUUUCCUUCGACUGUGUGCUCUGGCUAUAUGCCUGUUUUGCAGAGACAUGUUAUAGAUAUUGCUAGAGUUACUAAGGUUGUUCAGAUUGCAUUUUGUGUUC